GGUGAGAGGAUUAAGUGUGAGCCAAUGCAGUAAAGGUUAGCGCUUGGUCUCUCACUGAGGCCUCUAUCACACACACAAAUCUGUGAAAAGACGGCGAGAUAGAGAAAGAGGAGGAGAGGAGAGACAGAUGACAUUAUUAUGGGCCCACAGCUUCGCUACCCGAGGGACGAGUCCUAACAAAGCUCAUCAAGUCACCAAGGAACACUGAUCAAAUCUCCCUACAAAUCCUCAAGACACACAGUAAUUGAACCAAAGUGUGAUGAAAAAUUUUAGGGGAAACUUUCUUCAACAAAAGCCAGGCGCUGGAUUUAAUUUUUUUUAAAAAUUGUGAUUUAAUGGAGUAUGUUUUGGCCGACAUUUUAGGAUAUAUUCAUACUUCUUCUGAGAUUUUACAAAAUGGCGGACUGGAGGACGGAAACAUGACGAACCACCAAGGAGAUUAAAGUUGGAGUGCUGCUCCCUACUGAUGAAAUAGAACCAGAGGACUCCUGGCAUUGGGAAACUCCACCAGAAUUGACAGGAAGACUCCAGAACAAAGGUCGUCAAGUGAAAUAGCUGAAUUCAAGCCAUCACUGGAGACAGCCAUUUCUGAUGAUAGUGUUUGCAAGGAGUAAUACUUAAAAAUAAGAAGGCCACGAUCUUGGACAAAGACACAUCGCCUGACUUCUCAAGCUCAAAACAUACUGUUUUGGACGCACAGAAGGGAAUGACACGACUUGGCAGCAGACCAGUGCCAUUCAACUGCUAGACCACUCAACAAGUUGCUGUACAGCAGCAUGCCUGUAUGUUUGCCAGCAGCACAAGCAGAAGCAUUAUGGAAGUGAAAGAGCGACGUCCAUACUGCUCACUCACCAAGGGCCGCAGAGACAAGGAGGGACCAUUCACUGGUUCAUCAGGGGACAGUGAGGACUGUGCUAUUGGCUCCCAGGGACUGCGGGUCCCCACUCAGAAGUCCUACUCCUCGAGUGAAACACUCAAGGCCUUCGACCAGCACCAAGACCAGACCAGGUUACUGUACGGGACAACCAAGGGAUACAAGGACAUGGUUCACCGUGAACAGGAUGAUUAUAACAGACAAGUUUCAGGCCAGCAUUUCAGUCUUCGCCAGCUGGGAAUCUGUGAGCCGCCUUCACGUCGAGGCCUGGCGUUCUGCUCCGAGGUGGGCCUCCCUCACCGUGGCUUCUCAGUGGGGACAGCCCAGGACAUAGAUGCUGACAGUCAGGCUGUGAUGUCACCAGAGCGCGCCAUGCGGCUGUGGGGCCGUGGGGGUCUGGGUAAAACAUCUGGGAGGAGUUCCUGCCUGUCCAGUCGCUCCAACUCAGUGCUGACUCUUACCGACACCGAGCACGAGAACAAGUCGGACAGCGACAAUGGUUCUCCAAUGCCCUCCCCCUCCUGUCCAUCAUCUGUCAUUGACCAAUCACAUCCGCAGUCAGUCACCCCACAUGGCAACCUGUUGUUAGGAGACGUGGCUGAGCCAGACUCAGAGGGAGAGGAGGAGGAGGAGGAGGAAGAGGAAGAGGAGUAUGCAGCCAGAUUGUACUUACCAGUAACACAUGGUAAAAGGACUUUACUUUGCUUUGUUAGCAACCUUUUAGAGUCCACUUCAUUUAUUUUGGUAAUCUGAAUUGGAAUUCAACUGAUUUAUUGGGUUGAUAAUUCCAUUUUGUUGAAGAAAGAAAGAAAGAAAGAAAGAAAGAAAGAAAGAAAGAGAGAAAGAGAGAAAGAGAGAAAGAGAAACAAAUCUGCUCAGUGAAAUUCAUAUUGAAUUGUAUUUUUAUUGUCAACAAAUUAUGAAGAUUUGUACAGAAUAUAAUCUUUAUGUGGCUAUCUCCAGAAACAAUUCAACAAAUAGUUUUUUUUUUCUGAAGUCAAAUCUUUGUCAUUUGAUAUUAUCCUUCUGCAUCUGCAAGAUAGAACAGAAUCAGCUUUUUUUGUAAAUCACAUUCUUCUGCACUUCCUCCCCCCGUCUCAAUCUAAACAUCCAGCUGCUGCACGAGUUACUUGGUAGCAUGUGUGUUCACAUGCCCUGAAAAUUCAGGUACCUGCUCAUAUUUCUUCCCUGCUCGGCAGCUAGACAAAGACAGCACUGAGAAGGCCAGUAACUGAUAGGUUGUAAGACAGACACAAUCGUUUAGGGCCAUUGAAUUCAUCCAAACUUCCACUAUUUUCCCUCCCUCGGUUCCUUUCUGUCUGCUGUCUGUGGCAGACUCUACCAUAUAUCAUGUUUUUCAUGUUUCUUAUGAUAAAUGUUGAGGUCAUUUAAGACACAUGGCAAGCAGCGCAGUAUGGAAGUUUGAACCAGCAUUUGACUGAUCAUGAGAUCAGACGCUUUGAUUGGAAUCAAAUCAUUUUCUCCAUCUCUGUCGUAUUUUCUCCAAUCCAUGUUUUGCUUGUUUGUUUUCAAACCUUUCGUGUCUGUGUUUGUGUCUUAUCACACAAAACCCUAAAUUGUAUCUGGUCUUAGAGAGCAACUGACACAUAUUAACACAAAAGAGACUCAUUUAGUGUCGUUGUCAUGGUUAAGGUCAGAUAUCCGUGAAUUAAAACAGGUUCAUAUAACCAUGAAUGGGAUAGCCAACUGCCUUGAAAGCAUAUUUGCUCAUUUUUUAUUAGUAACUUUUUAACCUCAUGCAUCUGAAGCCUGCUUCAUAAACUAAUUCAUAUAGAAAUGUUACAAUUUCAAGCAAUUAGUAAACAUCAUGAAAUAAAAACCCAUUACAUUAUCAGUUCAUCAGUUGUCACAUGCCCAGCUAAAAAAAAUUUUUUUACUAUAUCUAGCAAUUUUUUUUAUUAUUGAAAAAAAGCAAUAGAACAUUAUACCAAGGUAAAAAUAUGUAUAUACUAAA